GGCUCACCCGUUUACAUGGCGACCAGGACCCACGCGCCGCAACCGCCCCACAACCGUCCUGUGCCAGACUUCGGCCCCGCUGCAGUCCGUCGUCCUGACGUGUGUCAGCGCCCCCCGCUCCCCAGCCUCUGCCUGGGGACCCUGGCCCCGACAUGGGCGACCUGGAGCUGCUGCUGCCCGGGGAGGCUGAUGUGCUGGUGCGGGGUCUGCGCAGCUUCCCGCUGCGAGAGAUGGGCACUGAAGGGUGGACGCGGCAGCACGAGAGCCUGGAGAAGCUCAACAUGCAGGCCAUCCUGGAUGCCACCGCGAGCCAGAGCGAGCCCAUCCAGGAGCUGCUGGUCACCCACGGGAAGAUCCCGACGCUGGUGGAGGAGCUGAUCACCGUGGAGAUGUGGAAGCAGAAAGUGUUGCCCGUGCUGUGCAAGCUGGAGGACUUCAAGCCCCAGAACACCUUCCCCAUAUACAUGGUGGUACACCACGAGGCCUCCAUCAUCAACCUCCUUGAGACAGUGUUCUUCCACAGGGAGGUGUGUGAGUCGGCAGAAGACACCGUCUUGGACCUGGUGGACUACUGCCACCGCAAACUGGCUCUUCUGGUGGCCCGGGGUGGCCAGAGUGGUCUCCGGGAGGAGGAGGGGUCCCAGGACAGCACCCCCAUGCAGGAGCUGCAGAAGCAGGCAGAGCUGAUGGAGUUUGAGAUCACACUGAAAGCCCUGUCGGUGCUGCGCUACAUCACAGACUGCGUGGACAGCCUUUCCCUGAGCACCUUGAGCCGCAUGCUCAGCACGCACAACCUGCCCUGCCUCCUGGUGGAGCUGCUGGAGCACAGUCCUUGGAGCCGGCGGGAAGGCGGCAAGCUGCAGCGAUUUGAGGGCGGCCGUUGGCAUACGGUGGCCCCUUCGGAGCAGCAAAAGCUGAGCAAGCUGGAUGGGCAGGUGUGGAUCGCCCUGUACAACCUGCUGCUGAGCUCUGAGGCCCGGGCCCGCUACUGCCUCACGAGUUUUGCCAAGGGACAGCUUCUCAAGCUUCGGCCCUUUCUCACAGACACCCUCCUGGACCAGCUGCCCAACCUGGCAGACCUGAAGAACUUCCUGGCCCACUUGGCCCUGGUCGAGCCCCAGACCCCUAAGAAGGACCUGGUGUUAGAACAGAUCCCGGAAAUCUGGGAGCGGCUGAAGCAGCAGAACAAAGGCAUGUGGCAGGCCAUCGCCAAGCACCAGCUGCAACACGUGUUCAGCCCCUCGGAGCACGACCUGCGGCUGCAGGCAGCAAGGUCAGGCCUGCUGAGCGGGGAUGGGCGCCGACGGGAGCCGAGAGGCAUGGGUGUGAGCGGGGGUGCCCCCGGCCCCCGCCUGCCAGGCCCAGCCAGGCCCCGUGACCCUCCGGCAGGUGGGCUGAGACGUACAGGUUGGAUGUGCUCGAAGCGGUGGCUCCGGAGCGACCUCGCUGUGCCUACUGCAGCGCAGAGGCCUCGAAGCGCUGCUCGAGAUGCCAGAAUGAGUGGUACUGCUGCAGGGAGUGCCAAGUCAAGCACUGGGAGAAGCACCGGAAGGUUUGUGUCCUGGCUGGGCAGGGCGACAGAGCCAAGUGAGGGCUGUGCCUGCCUGCACAACGGCCAACCACCCGGGCCAAGGCAACCCACCCCAAGCCUCACGAUCUCAUCUGGCUCCUGCCGCUGGUGCGCACAGCAGAGAUCUGCUGACCCACCCCCACCCCCACUUCCUGCCCCACCCGCGGGUAGGCGGAGGGCGCUGCCUCAGCACACUGGAAGGGAGCCGGAUGUGGGGACCCUCUCCCUGUAGCACAAUAAAGCUGGCCCCCAGGCA